AGUGGCCAUACUUUCCCCGUCUCACCUUACCCACACCCACCUUUCCAAUUCUAUUCCCUUCGGCUUGGCAUCACUUUUCUUGAAUUUUCUUGAUUUAGAUUAGACAGGUGUCUGAUCAGUGUUCCGCUUGGAAAGAUUUUGGCUUUUGGGGGUAGGAUAUGGAGAAGGUGAACUUUGUGAAGAAUGGACAGAUGAGGUUGCCGCCGGGUUUCAGGUUCCACCCCACCGAUGAGGAGCUGGUGGUACAGUACUUGAAGCGUAAGGUGCUCUCCUUCCCUUUGCCGGCCACCGUCAUCCCUGUCAUCGACCUCUGCAAAUCUGAUCCUUGGGAUUUGCCAGGUGAUUGGGAGCAAGAGAGGUAUUUUUUUAGUACUAGGGAGGCAAAGUAUUUAAACGGGAACAGGUCAAACAGGGGAGCUGUUUCUGGGUAUUGGAAGGCCACUGGGAUUGACAAACAGGUAGUGAGUUGUAGAGGAGGACAACAUGUUGUUGGGAUGAAGAAGACCCUUGUUUUUUACCAAGGCAAAGCCCCCCGUGGCUCUAGGACCGACUGGAUCAUGCAUGAAUAUCGCCUCGCCAAUUCCCCAAUCAACAAUAAGGACAACUGGGUGAUCUGCCGCAUAUUUUUGAAGAAGAGGGCAAGGGCGAAGACGGGAGAAGAUGAAAUCCAGAACAUGAGGGGAGUAGCACCAGCUAAUAUAGUUAACACAAUCGAACCAGUUUUCUUCAAUUUCUUAGCUAGAAGAGAAAGGGCGGAUUUAAAUGUAGCUCCAGCUUCCUCC